GUCUCUUAGCACAGGGCAUUGUCCUCUUCCGCUUCCCUCACCAACUGCUCUGACCUCACUAAAUUUGAAACACCACAGGGAGUGCUCGAGGUAAUCGGUGGUUUGGGGUCAGUAACAGCGUGAGGAGAGGGGAGAAGAUGAUGAUGGCACGUGUGGGCGGGAGGGUUUACAGAGGGAGAGAAGCUUUGUGGGCAAACCCCUACACAUCUGUCCCUGACCCAUCUCAACGUGCCAUGCCGUAUGCUUUUUUCUAUUGGACCUCCAGGGAAUCCUAUGCUCUUGUUCUUCCUCUGUUUACUGUGCCAUUGUCCUUGCAUUUAAGGACUGCAUUUGUGCUCGCAUGUUGACCGACAAUGGUUGUAGUUCAUGUUGUUCUCGCUGUAUAUUUUUGGUAGAGUAUCGUAGACUCUGUGUUUCAAUUGUUGCCUUGGCUCUGAAAUGUUUUGGGAACAUACUUCCCAACUACUGGAUUGAUGUGCCAUCCACUCUGCUGAUGGUAAUUCUCCACCUUUUGGAUCCGAUAAUUGACAACAGCCCUCUCUCCAUCUUAGAUGGACAUUGUAAUGUCAGUGGUGGUUUCUUGGAUUGACAUGUGGUGGAAGAAGAUGCAUGACCGAGGAAGGAAUGAAACAGUAGACUGAUGUGAUUUACUUCUUCCCCCUCCGGACUCAAAUGCUUUAGAGAACAAUUAAAUUGACCUAGGUCAUGUCGAUGAUUCCUGGUUGAGCGUCGCAUCUCAUGGUUGUUGUAGCUGAGUAGGUUCAUUUAUCACCUACAUGGUGACUUUGUCCCCCAUACAUUUGAAGGUUAGCAUCUGAGCCAGGGAUCAUCUCCUAUGGCUGAACAAUAGGGUCUUUGAUCCUAUUGUAGUAACCUUACUUCCUUGAUAAGAGAAGGCAAGCAUGGAAGAUAUGAUUUUAUUGCUUCGUAGACCAUCUCAUGUUGCUGGUACUUUAUAAAACCUUUGUUAGAUCAACCAUUUACUGGCCUAUAAGUAGUCAUCCCUCAAUCAUUUUAGAGAUGUCUCCUUGAAGGGUACAUGUAGUAGACCAGAUUUUAUGUUUUGACUCCUCAACAUUUAAUGUUUGGGAACCAUAGUGAUCAUUUGUAUUUCUUUUCAACUAAAUCUUUCUUCUCACUAGACACAAGAAAAGGCUCCUGUUUAGAGCCUUUGUUAUUUUUAUUGCUUGAAAAUGGCUGACAAGCUCAUCUUGCUUGCAGGAUAUCAAAUGACAUAGUGGAAGAACAAACUUAUAUGAUCUUUUCAUGUACAAGAAUCACACUUUCAUCAAUAUUCUAAUUUGCAACCCCCCAUGCACACCUUUCUCUCUCUCUCAUACUGUAAAAGUGGAUAUGCCUUAAAAUCCAUGCACCUAUUUAAACCUUCUUAGAAGGAUCCAUAGAGCCACUCAUUAAACUUUUACACAACCCUUUUUCUCCUUUGUAUUUAUAUUUUCUGUGAGCUUCAGGGUUGCCUGCAUUGAGAAAGGGGCAGAAGGCUUCCUCUAGCACCCAAAACUGCACCUUUGCUCCAUCUCAGCUCCUGCCCAUCCUUUUCCAUCAUUGUUUCUCUGAUUCCUUUCAUUCUUUCUCUGCAACACCUUUAUCCUUUCCACCAGCAUGUCUGGCUUAUAUACUCAUAGCUUCUCCCCUGCUAGAGCCGUCUCCUCAGAUAUAAAUAGCACAGCAGAUAUAGACAGCCGGUACUUGGCGGAGCUGUUGGCAGAACAUCAAAAGCUUGGGCCUUUCAUGCAGGUUCUUCCUAUUUGUAACCAUUUGCUGAAUCAAGAGAUUAUACGAGUCUCAGGAAUUGUUCCCAACCAAUGGUUCGGUGACUGUAACCGACUGCAGCACAGAAGUCCCAGUCCCAUGGCUACUCCAUUCCUUAAUUCCGAUGCUGGGGGGACUGAUUUUGGUGUUUGGAGUGGAUACCCACAGGAGGGAUUAGGUUUUCCGCAAAGAUUUACAAUGGAUCAGCGAGGAACAACAGGUCCAAGCUCAUGCAUUAUAAAGAAGAUAUUACGCUUAGAAGUCCCAGUGAAUGCCUAUCCUAAUUUCAAUUUUGUUGGGCGCCUUCUCGGACCCAGGGGUAAUUCACUGAAAAGAGUUGAAGCAUCAACUGGAUGUCGUGUUUACAUUAGAGGAAAGGGUUCAAUAAAAGAUCCUGUCCAGGAGGAAAAACUGAGGGGAAGACCAGGUUACGAACACUUAAAUGAUCCAUUGCAUAUAUUGAUUGAGGCCGAAUUACCAGCAAAUGUCAUUGAGACUAGACUGAGACAUGCACAGGAAGUUAUAGAAGAGCUGCUGAAACCAGUGGAUGAAUCACAGGACUAUUAUAAGAGGCAACAGCUUAGAGAAUUAGCCUUGUUAAAUUCAAGUUUGAGAGAUGACAGCCCUCAUCCAUGCGGCAGCGCUUCUCCAUUUAAUAGCGGAAUAAGAGGAACAAAAACAGGACAGUAGAAUCAUUUACUCCUCUCUGAUGGUCUAGAAAGUUUCAUUCAACCUACUCUUUGCCUUGUCAUCAUUUCCUUGUAAAAAUGGGCUUCUUCGAAGGAGUUAAAAUGUGGCCACUUUAUUGUUUGUUCUACUCAGUCAAUCUUCAGAUGGAAAGAAACUAUCAAAGUCUCCUAUGUACCAUACAUAAACCUAAAAUAUUCUUUUCAUUCA